GUUAUAUUAUUUAAUUUCCAGUAACGAAAUUCAUUCGGAUUGGAAUAGCCGACAAGAACGACAACCCACCUUACUUCGACAAAAGCCUCUACGAGGCUGAGGUAGACGAGAAUGAGGACAUUCAACAUACAGUUCUUACUGUCACCGCCAAAGACCACGACGAGUCCUCGCGUAUUCGAUACGAGAUUACGAGCGGUAACGUAGGCGGUGCAUUUGCUGUGAAGAACAUGACCGGCGCCAUUUAUGUCGCCGGUGUUUUGGAUUAUGAAACCAGGAAAAGGUACGAACUUCGUCUCACAGCAUCGGAUAGUUUAGAAGAGAAUAAUACAACAGUUGUGAUACACGUGAAGGAUGUAAAUGAUAAUCCACCUGUCUUUGAGAGACCGAAUUAUAGAACCCAGAUAACCGAAGAGGAUGAUAGGAAUUUACCCAAACGAGUGCUCGGGGUCACUGCAACCGACGGGGAUAAGGAUAGACCUCAAAACAUCGUAUAUUUCUUGACGGGACAGGGAAUCGAUCCAGACAACCCGGCCAACAGUAAAUUUGACAUCAAUCGGACUACAGGAGAGAUUUUCGUCCUCAAACCACUGGAUAGAGAUCAACCGAAUGGACGACCUCAAUGGCGAUUCACUGUUUUCGCUCAGGACGAGGGUGGGGAAGGUUUAGUAGGAUACGCCGAUGUACAGGUCAACCUCAAAGAUAUUAACGAUAAUGCACCGAUAUUCCCACAGGGAGUAUAUUUUGGUAACGUUACCGAAAAUGGAACGGCAGGAAUGGUCGUAAUGACCAUGACCGCGGUAGAUUACGACGAUCCUAGCGAAGGUACCAACGCUAAAUUAGUUUACUCAAUCGAAAAAAAUGUUAUCGAGGAAGAAACUGGAACACCGAUAUUCGAGAUCGAAUCUGAGACGGGGGUCAUCAAGACGGCUGUUUGCUGUUUGGACAGAGAACGUACACCGGAUUAUUCUAUACAAGUUGUCGCGGCGGAUGGAGGGGGGUUAAAGGGUACGGGUACGGCAUCGAUACGAGUUAAAGAUAUAAAUGACAUGCCACCACAAUUUACGAAAGAAGAAUGGUUUACCGAAGUAGACGAAACCGAAGGACCUGAUUUACCCGAAAUGCCAAUACUCACCGUAACUGUUCACGACGAAGACGAAACCAAUAAGUUCCAAUACAAGGUAAUCGAGAGUAGUGGUUACGGUGCUGACAAAUUUACUAUGGUGAGAAACAACGACGGUACUGGCUCAUUGAAGAUAGUUCAAUCUCUCGAUUAUGAAGAUCAAUUGCAAAGUAAUGGUUUUCGAUUUAGAAUACAAGUAAACGAUAAGGGGGAAGACAAUGACAAUGACAAAUAUCACGUUGCUUAUUCCUGGGUGGUUGUCAAAUUAAGAGACAUCAAUGAUAAUCAACCACAAUUUGAAAGAGCCAACAUCGAAGCUACUGUCCCUGAAAAUGCUAGAAUCGGGAAUACUCUGGAAACGUUCAAAGCUACAGAUCCCGAUCAAGGUGGUAAAAGUAAAGUAUCCUAUUCGAUCGAUAGAAGUUCCGACAGGAAAAGGCAAUUCUUUAUCAACGAGAAUGGUACGGUAUCCAUUCAAAGGAGUCUCGAUCGCGAGGACACCCCACGUCAUCAGGUUAAAAUCUUGGCCAUCGACGACGGUAUACCACCAAAAACUGCGACAGCUACUCUGACAGUUAUCGUUCAGGAUAUUAACGACAACCCGCCUAGAUUCCUUAAAGAUUAUCGACCAAUCUUGCAAGAACAUCUUCAAACGAGAAAAGUCGUUGAGAUUUUAGCCACCGACGACGACGACAGAUCCAAAAGCAAUGGUCCACCGUUCACUUUCAGAAUGGAUCCAAACGCGGAUGAUAUUAUCAGGGCUAGUUUCAGAGUCGAAAGCGAUAACAAGGGAGCAAAUGGAGAUGGCAUGGCUAUAGUUUCGUCUUUACGAUCAUUCGACAGAGAACAACAGAAGGAAUACUUGAUACCUAUUGUUAUAAAGGAUUCUGGAAAUCCUUCGAUGUCUGGAACAAGUACAUUGACCGUUAUAAUCGGUGACAGUAACGAUAAUAAAAUGCAGCCUGGUUCUAAGGACAUUUUUGUAUAUAAUUAUGCAGGACAAUCACCUGAUACCGAGAUAGGUAGAGUAUACGUUUACGAUUUGGAUGAUUGGGAUUUGCCGGACAAAAAGUUUUAUUGGGAAAGUUUAGAACAUGCGCAAUUUAAGUUAGACGAAGAUACCGGAAUGAUAUACAUGAAAUCUGGUACGCACGACGGGAGAUAUCAUCUUCGUUUCAAGGUUUAUGAUCGAAAACACACGCAAACAGAUGUACCUGCGAAUGUAACAGUCAUAGUUAAAACUAUACCUCACGAAGCUGUUCUUAAUUCUGGAUCCGUUCGUAUAUCGGGUAUUACGGAUGAAGAUUUCAUACGUGUUUGGGAUUAUAGGUCGCAGAAUUUAUCUCGAAGUAAGGCAGAUUUGUUCCGAGAAAAAUUAGCACAAUUGUUAAGCAUAGAUAAAGAAUACGUCGACGUAUUUAGCGUUCAAUUGCGAAGGAUGCAUCCACCUUUGACUGACGUUAGAUUCGCUGCUCAUAGUUCCCCUUAUUAUAAACCUGUAAGACUAAAUGGAAUAGUCUUGAUGCAUCGGGAAGAGAUUGAAAAAGAUGUUGGAAUAAACAUCACUAUGGUCGGAAUCGAUGAAUGUUAUUACGAAAAUGAAAUGUGCGAAGGCAGUUGCACCAACACCCUUGACAUCAGCAAUUUACCUUACAUGGUUAAUGCCAAUAAAACAGCUUUGGUUGGAGUUAGAGUCGAUGUGAUAGCCGAAUGUACGUGUGGUGCAAGAAACUUUAGCAAAAGUGAAUCAUGCCGAAGCAGUCCUUGUUACAAUGGUGGCCGUUGUAUCGAAGGAAGAUUCGGUUUAUCGUGUCAAUGUCCUUCCGGAUAUAACGGGCCAAGGUGUCAACAAACGACUAGAAGUUUUCGUGGCAAUGGUUGGGCUUGGUAUCCAGCUCUGGAAAUGUGCGAUAAUAGUCAUUUAAGUUUUGAAUUUAUUACCAAAAAAUCGGAAGGAUUGUUAUUGUACAAUGGUCCUAUUGUUCCACCGGAAUCCGAUGAGAUUAUGGUAUCUGAUUUCAUAUCGGUCGAAUUAGAUCGCGGAAUACCAAGACUUUUGAUAGAUUUCGGAUCUGGCACUUUGGAAUUAAAAGUCAAACCUAAGAGAACCUUGGAUGAUGGAGAAUGGCACAGACUCGACAUAUUCUGGAAUACGGAGACGGUAAAGCUUAUCAUCGAUUACUGUAAAUCUGCUGAAAUAACCGAAUUAGAAGAUGGUACACCUUCAGAAUUUAACGACACGUAUUGUCAAGCACAAGGCACAGUGCCACCGUUCAACGAAUACUUAAACGUAAAUGCACCACUUCAAAUUGGUGGGCUUUACGUUGAACAAUUCGAUCCAACUCAUUACAAAUGGAAACACAUGCCCGUUGGGAAAGGUUUUGAUGGUUGCAUAAAGAAUCUAUUUCACAAUAGUAAACUUUACGAUCUGGCUCAUCCCGGAUUAUCGAGGAACAGUUUUGCGAGUUGUUCGCAAACCGAAGACAUUUGCAAUAGUCAAGAAUUGACGCUCCGUUGUUGGGAACACGGGACGUGCGUUGGUAAUUUUUCCGAAGCAAGAUGCCAAUGUAAUCCUGGCUGGACUGGUCCUGGUUGUAUGACUUCAACGAUACCAACAACAUUCAAGCCACAGAGUUACGUCAAAUAUGCAUUAUCUUUCGAACCCGACAAAUAUUCGACUCAGGUGCAAUUGAGAUUUCGAACACGAGAGGUGCACGGUGAACUUUUUCGAGUGAGCGAUCAGCAUAACAGAGAAUAUGCUAUUUUGGAAAUCAAGGAUAGCCGAUUGCACUUUAGAUACAACUUGAACAGUCUCAGAACUGAGGAACGAGAUAUUUGGUUAAGUGCGAUAGCAGUGGACGAUGGUCAAUGGCAUACCGUCAGAGUAUCCAGAUAUGGUUCGGCUGCGACCUUGGAAUUAGAUGGUGGAGAAGGAAGAAGAUUUAACGAGACAUUUUCUUUCGAAGGCCAUCAGUGGCUUUUGGUUGACAAACAAGAAGGAAUUUAUGCUGGAGGAAAGGCCGAAUAUACAGGUGUAAGAACUUUCGAAGUGUAUGCCGAUUAUCAGAAAGGUUGUUUGGACGAUAUUAGAUUAGAAGGCAAACAUCUCCCAUUACCACCGGCUAUGAAUGGAACACCAUGGGGUCAAGCAACAAUGGCGAGAAAUCUUGAACGAAAUUGUCCGUCGAAUAAGCCCUGUGCCAAUGUCAUUUGUACGGAACCUUUCGAAUGUAUCGAUCUCUGGAACGAAUACGAUUGCACUUGUGGCGAAGGAAGAAUACCCUCGCCCGAUAACAAGGGUUGCAUGGAUAAAAAUGAAUGCAUAGAUUAUCCUUGCCUGAAUGGUGGUAGAUGCAUCAAUCAAGAUCCACGAUAUCGAUAUCGAUGCAUUUGUCCCGAAGGAUUCUGGGGUGAAAAUUGUGAAUUGGUACAAGAAGGUCAAACGUUGAAGCUCAGCAUGGGAGCACUUGCAGCCAUUCUAGUUUGUUUAUUAAUUAUUCUUGUUUUGGUGUUGGUAUUCGUCGUUUACAACAGAAGAAGGGAAGCUCAUAUUAAAUAUCCUGGGCCUGACGACGACGUUAGAGAGAAUAUUAUUAAUUACGAUGACGAAGGUGGUGGAGAAGAUGAUAUGACGGCGUUUGACAUAACGCCAUUGCAAAUUCCAAUUAAUGGUCCUAUUCCAGAAAUGGGUGGAAAAUUAGCACCGUGUAAAGUAGCCUAUCCAUUAGGACCAGAGCCUAACGUGGGUAUUUUUAUCGAAGAACACAAGAAAAGGGCCGACAGCGAUCCGAAUGCCCCACCCUUCGACGAUUUACGAAAUUAUGCGUACGAAGGAGGUGGAAGUACCGCCGGUUCGCUUUCGUCUUUGGCUUCGGGAACAGAUGACGAACAACACGAGUAUGAAUACUUGGGCGCUUGGGGUCCUAGAUUCGACAAACUUGCAGACAUGUACGGUCCUACGACAGAAGAAAGCGAAGAAGAGGAUUAGAUGAUAUCUUUUGUCGAUUAAUUAAUUAAUGUCCAUCGAAUUUUGUCCCCACGAUCCAAAUUUUGGAAGUAUUCGUGUCCGUUGUAAAAAAAAAAAAACAACCAAACGAAGAAUGAACGAAGAAGAGAAAAGGGAUAGAAGGAAUAAAAUAAGGAAUGGAAGAAGAAGAAGAAGAAGAAGAAACCGCGAAAGUAGAAAACUUUCCUCUGCAAGAUUUUUUAGGGUGAGAUUCGAAUGAUCGAUAAAAUAAUAAAAUAGUUCGUCGAGAUCUCGAGAGGAAGAAAAGGAGGAGGAGGGGAAAGGAAGGUUCGUAAAAGAAUAAAAGACUAUGUCAUAUUAGAGUGUGUAAGUGAUCGAAAAGGAAAGAAAGAAAGUAAAUAAGGUGCACCGAUGCAACGAUCGGUGAGAAAGUUCAAAACACAUAGUUCCAAAGUGAUCUCAGCGAGAGCUAUUACUACGUCUGUCGCAUUAUGAACGUUGCAAUAAUUUUUCGAGUCAUACCUAAACGAAUGGUAUACGUAUGUAGGUGGUACAUAA